UUACUUUUGUGUGGUAACGUGGUUUUCUGUUCACACACUGGGUAUUAUGGCGCUUAGGAGAUGCUGGAGGUUGACCGGUGUUCUCUCCAGACUCCCCGUUCCUCAUGGGUCUUCUUCACCUGUGGGACGGGUAGCUGUGUCCUGCUUUGUCGACACUUACCGAGGCUGCAAAAAAACAGAGUUCCAGCUCCGCAAAUUUAGCUCUGAAGGACGGAACACAGAUGUGAGUUAUGCGCAGCUCAAGCAGCUCCUGGCUGACGGCAAAACUGUAGUUGUGGAUGUCCGGGAACCCUGGGAGCUCCGGGAGUACGGCUUCAUCCCCGGAUCUGUCAACGUCCCACUGGGACAGGUGAACACUGCCCUCCAGCUCGCUCCGGAGGAGUUUAAAGAUAAAUACGACGGCGAAAUGCCCAGGCAGACGGAUAACAUUGUGUUCGUGUGUCUGGCCGGGGUCAGAAGCAAGACUGCCCUCAACGCAGCCGCUUCGCUGGGAUUUACAGAUGUUCAGCAUUAUCCCGGUGGAUGGCAAGACUGGGCGGAACAGGAACAGCUGAAGUGAUCCACACAUUUUGGAAAGAAGAAGUUACGAUGAGUGCGAUCACAGCCGAGACAAGCUGGCGACCUAGUUCCUCCGCUUUCUGUCACCUCGGUAUUGGUCCUGUAAGUCCCCGGAGCUCCGCUGUAGGGAUUAAAACCCAAUUCCUCCAAACUUCAGUCUGAGUUCUUCAAGUUGACCAAGCAGGUGGCGUUUUGUUUACUGCUAUGCAAUAAUAUGACAAAAGGGCUUUGUGAGUGAAUUGCGCUGGAAUUCCAUUUUUCGGUGUCAGUGUUAAUCGGGCUGAAUAGAAAAGCAUGCCACACUUUUCAGAUUUUUAUUUGUAAAAGAAAAAGAAGACAUUAAUAAACUGAUAUUUUAUUCUCCCUCUAGUUAUGCGGGUUUCACCUCGUAUUGGAGAGUCACAUACUAAAGAAUGAAAUUAAUAUUUCAACUUAACUUGAAAAUGUGUGUGUGUGUGUGUGUCGUAGCUUAAAUUUUACCCAACUGUGAAUCCAAAGAGUAAAAACCAUAGGGCU